GGCCUCCUUCCCCCUGCUCCCAGAACAAGCCCAUCCCCAAACCCAAAUCGGGUAAAGCAUCCGUGGGGAAAUCGAAACCAGUGAAGGACUGAAGGGGGUGGGGAACACAACACCCGCCCAGCCAGGCCGGACAGGAAAGGGGGAAACUGCAGCCCGGUCCAGAUCACAUCCCAGGACUCGGCCCGCCAUGAACUGCGCACCCCAAUUCGUCCCCGCGGGCAGCUCCCCCAGCUAUGACAUGCUCAAGGAGGAGCCGGAGAUGGCAGAGCAGGGGCUGCCCCUGGGCCCGGUGCAGGCGACCUCCACCGUGGUCAACAUGCAGCCCGAGGUCUCGGUGCCCGACCACAUCGUGUGGUCCCUCUUCAACGCCCUCUUCAUGAACUUCUGCUGCCUGGGCUUCGCGGCCUUCGCCUACUCCGUGAAGUCUAGGGACAGGAAGAUGGUGGGGGACGUGAUCGGAGCCCGGAGCUACGCCUCCACCGCCAAGUGCCUGAACAUCAGCGCCCUGAUCCUGGGCCUCUUCUUCAACAUCGCGGUCAUCGUUGCCAUAGUGUUUGCCUGCUUCUCCUUGUACUAA